AUGCUCAAACUCGCCGUUCAACGCUCCGCGAUGAUGCGGCCCUCUUUUCUACGCUCUGUGAGAUUUCAAUCGACCGUAAAGUCGCUAGAUUCGCUCCAGGAUUUCCAAAAAGCUAUAUCCAAUAAGAACCUAAGUGUUAUUGACUUUUACGCAACCUGGUGUGGCCCUUGCAAGGUCAUAGCUCCUCACUUCGAUAAACUCAGCUCACAGCACACCGGUGUAGAUUUUUACCGCGUUGACGUGGACGCUUCCCCAGAUGUGGCCGGUUACUGUGGGAUCAGCGCGAUGCCAACUUUCUUACUCGCCAAAGAAAGUCAAACCGUGGGCAAAAUCGUCGGGGCAAACGUCAGAGGGCUUGAACAGGCCAUCCGGGACUUGAAGAACUAG